GAACAAGGCCAUCGUUUCCCUCCAGACGCCUCUCCCCCUCCCCCAGCCAGCUGGGAGCCGAGCAGAGCGCACUCGAGACGUCACUUCGCCGCUGGCGGACGUCACGGCUGUGCUCACAAGGACGUCACGCCCUCGCUCCGAGUCCACGCCGGGCGCGCGUGGCGCCUUCAUUGUCCCUGGUCUUCGCGCGCUCACCCCCGCGUCCAAAAAAGGAGGGCGGAAAAAAAAAGAAAAAUUAAAUCAGGGGUGGAGGUGGUGGAGGAAGUGGGAUUUCUUCCCCUCCUUUCUUCCGGUCCUCCUGCCAUAUUCCUUUUUUGGAAGGGGGAGGGGAGAGGAGAAGGGAAAACAGUUGUAAAUGAAAUAAUCGGAGGCAGCGGCGGCGAGGAGCGCGGCCCUAGAAGGGGAAGGCGAAGCGCUGGAUGCCCCGGCGAGCGGCCCUCCAGGGGAGGAGAGUUCCGGGGGCUCUGCCGUCGGAGGGCUUCUCGCGCCCGGCUGCUUGCAUCCCAGGGCUGGCUGACUCUUGAGGAGCGAGAGGAGGCGGCGUCUGGGCAGCUGAGCUCACUUCUCGAAAUCGCUCCAAGUGACCAUCCGUCGUCUCUCCGGCUCAUCGCUGAUCUCUCUCUCUCGCCCGCCUUCGUGCUGGGAAAAGGGCUCGGGGCGGUGUAAUCAAGCGGCGCCGGGGUUAAGGACACCCUCCCUCACCCCCGUCGGAGGGGCGGGGGGAGCGAGAGGCACCUCCGCGCAUCCUGCUCCGCUCCACACACACAAAGCGGGCGCCCUGGCUCGGCGCGCUCUCUCGCCCGCUCGCUCCGGCCCUUCUCCGGUCCUUCCCCCGCUUUCCACGCCAGGGGCAAGCCGGGCUUCUGAAUGAAUCAGCUGGCCAGCGUCUCGCCUCCUGGGCUCCGGCGUCCGUCUUUGCCUCCCGGAUUCAGGGCCGGGGGUUCUUGUAGCUGAGCCGGCCGCUGAUUUCGGCGCUGCUUUGGCCACUCGCCGGCUGUUCCGGGGACGGGGAGAGGAGCAAAAGGAAGGGAGACGUCUCCGUCCGAGGAUCGCGGCUCUUCUUUCCGGGAGACUUGGAGACGGGAGGAAAUAAUAAAGAUACCAGAAGAGCUGCUCUGGAUUGUUCUCCUGGGUUUCAUCAUCUACAUAAAGGCUGUCAUCCAGCAGAACUACCUUGCUUGGACCAUGGGGAGUAGUAAGAGUAAACCCAAAGACCCAAGUCAACGGAGACGCAGUCUGGAGUCCACAGAAAAUAUCCACGGCGGCUGUUCUGCAUCCCAGACUCCCAAUAAGACCACAGUCCCAGAUGCCCAUCGGACUCCCAGCCAUUUAUUUGGAAGUACAACUCCAGAACCAAAGCUUUUUGGGGGCUCCAAUACAUCUGACAUGGUCACUUCUCCUCAGCGAUGCGGGGCUCUGGCUGGUGGUGUUACUACGUUCGUGGCCCUCUAUGAUUAUGAAUCACGGACAGAAUCAGAUCUUUCUUUCAAGAAAGGGGAACGUCUCCAAAUUCUCAACAAUACGAGAAAGGUGGAUGUCAGGGAAGGAGAUUGGUGGCUGGCCCACUCUCUCACCACUGGUCAGAAAGGCUACAUCCCCAGUAACUAUGUCGCACCCUCAGACUCCAUCCAGGCUGAAGAGUGGUAUUUCGGCAAGAUAACCCGCCGAGAGUCGGAACGGUUACUUCUCAACCCUGAAAAUCCCCGUGGAACAUUCCUAGCAAGAGAGAGUGAAACCACAAAAGGUGCCUAUUGUCUCUCUGUCUCGGAUUUUGACAAUGCCAAGGGCCUCAACGUAAAGCACUACAAGAUUCGCAAGUUGGACAACGGUGGCUUCUACAUCACUUCCCGCACACAGUUCAGCAGCCUUCAGCAGCUGGUAGCUUAUUACUCCAAGCAUGCAGAUGGCUUGUGCCACCGCCUCACCACUGUCUGCCCCACCAGCAAGCCUCAGACACAAGGCCUUGCAAAGGAUGCUUGGGAAAUUCCCCGUGAGUCACUGCGCUUAGAGGUGAAACUUGGACAAGGCUGUUUCGGAGAAGUGUGGAUGGGGACUUGGAAUGGCACCACAAGAGUGGCAAUAAAGACUCUGAAACCUGGGACAAUGUCUCCAGAAGCAUUUUUGCAGGAAGCCCAAGUCAUGAAAAAACUGCGCCAUGAGAAGCUGGUGCAACUGUAUGCAGUGGUUUCUGAGGAACCUAUUUACAUUGUGACAGAAUAUAUGUGCAAAGGAAGCCUCUUGGAUUUCUUGAAAGGGGAGAUGGGCAAGUACUUGAGGCUGCCCCAGCUGGUGGACAUGGCAGCGCAGAUUGCAUCUGGCAUGGCGUACGUGGAGAGGAUGAACUAUGUUCACCGAGAUCUCCGAGCUGCCAACAUCCUUGUGGGAGAAAACCUGGUGUGCAAGGUAGCAGACUUUGGAUUGGCAAGGCUGAUUGAGGACAAUGAAUACACAGCAAGGCAAGGUGCUAAAUUUCCUAUCAAGUGGACUGCUCCAGAAGCUGCCCUCUAUGGUCGGUUCACCAUUAAGUCAGAUGUAUGGUCCUUCGGAAUAUUGCUGACCGAACUGGCCACAAAGGGCCGUGUGCCCUAUCCAGGUAUGGUGAACCGGGAAGUGCUUGAUCAGGUGGAACGAGGCUACCGGAUGCCCUGCCCACCAGAAUGCCCAGAAUCUUUGCAUGAUCUGAUGUGCCAGUGUUGGAGGAAGGAUCCCGAGGAAAGACCUACUUUUGAGUACCUUCAAGCUUUCUUGGAAGACUACUUCACCUCAACCGAGCCUCAGUAUCAGCCAGGCGAGAACCUAUAGAUCUGCAGACAGAACCUGUGGCUGAAGACUCAGUGCUGAUCUUACUGCAUAGGUGUUCAAGAGAUAAACUUUGGAUCAUACAUGGAACACCUCUGACACAGCUGCCAGGGUUACUUCCUGGUGAUUUGCUCUUCCUUUGAAGGAUAAUACUGGGUGGGCCCCUUGUAAAGCAAAUGUGGUGGCCUCCUUGGCUGUUCUGGGGCAACGAAGGCCUUGAUGGGUCAUGAAUUAGCAAAGCAUCAUGGUUCUACUUUUGAAGAUGAAGUCGGCUGUGAUGCAGAAGACAGGGUUUAAGAAAAGCCAAAUCUUUCCAGAAGGAAAGAGGCUGAGUGAAAACUAGGGAUCUUGUUCAUGAGGAACACCUGUCUUCUGGAAACAGUCCUGCCUUGAAACUGCCCUUGACUGCAACCAGAAAGAACAUCAUUGUCCCUGCCUCAGAUAGUAAUGCUACAAGCUCCUCUGUAGCCUGUGUGACUUCAUAGCACUUGGGUCAUCUCUAACUGGUGAUACUGUAGAAUGAUGCCUUUUGGAUUCAGAUGGCUUCUGUUCUUCUUCAACCAGCACAAAUUUCCCCUUUCUCCCUUGUAUCCAAAUCCCACUGCCUGGAGUUGGAUUUGACUGCUUCACUCCAAGAAAAGAAAAGUAGCUCACUUGAAUUCUGGACAUUUCAUGUUUCCAUCAACUUCUGAUCCUCUCUCUCUCCCCCCCCCCUUUUAAUAUGCCAUUCCUUUCUCUUGUGCCACUGUGUCACUGUCCACCCAGUCUUGUCCUGUUUGUGUGAGGUGCACUUGCAGAUCUUAGCCAUAUAAGCUGAUGGGGAAGUGCUGGGCUUUCCAGGAAGAUAUGUUGUGCUUGAUCGUCAUCCCUGCCCCAAGGGUGGGGUGAAUGAAGAACUAGAAAGACUCCCUGGUUUACAGGAAAUGUACAGGGUUUUGCCUUCUGUUGCUUGUGUUGCCAGUGAUGUCAUAUCCAUUUUUCAGGACGAUAUGAACUCUUGGACUGCAGGCUUGUCUUCCAGUCUAGCCUUUGAGUCCCCUAAAAAGAUAACCUAUGCUUAUGAAAGGUUUAGACCAACAAGAAAGGAAUAGUCUGGCAGGGUUUUUAGCUCUUCUUUCCCUGUACAUAACAUAUUAACCGCCAACUUCCUUCCAAGAUAAUACCAGUCUUCCACUGGGCACUCCUAAGAGCUACUUAAGCCCACUGUUCUUUUCCUUUCCAGUUGCUAUAACGUAUUCCAUUUUGGGCCCCUCAGUGCUUCAGAAACAUAUCACUGUUACUGGGCAAAUUUGAAGCAUCCUGAUGUCUUUGCUGUAAAGUAUACAGUCUUGGCUUGAUCCUCAUUUAUUAUUAUUAUUAGUAGUAGUUUUAUUUAUAGGCCGCAUUUCUCCCAACAAGGGACCCAAAGCGGCUCAUUUGGAGGCUAGAAAGCAACCCCCCCCCCCGUCCUCUUCAUAUCAUGGCAGCAGCCUUUGGUGCCAUGGGGAUAGGUCCAACAAAGAGCAAAAUCUAUCUUUUCUGGAGCACUCAACCUACUUUUCCAAUGCUGUAUGAUUCCUGAAAUGGGCAAGCUGCAAAGAAUUUUAUGCCAAGGGUUCAUCCAGUCUCCUGUUCUAGAAAGCACAUGGAGUAUCCUGCAAACUGUGUGCAAGUGCUUUGCACAGAGUUUCUUUAAAACUCACAACUCACAUUUGUGCUUGGUGUCAUGACCUGAAAAGAGUCCCUUGAAUUAUCUUUUGAAUACAAUUAUCCCUAGAAUGAAAAUCCUGCUAAAGAUCCUUGCUUUUGGUCUUCCCUCACUCUAACCCCCUGACUACCCUUCAUUUUAAAGUCCCACUGGCCAAAGCAAUGGGAAACUAGAAAAGACAGUAGCUGACACCAGCAAAACAUUGAAGGCAAAGCUGUAAUAUUACCUGCGGCCAUAUAUAUUUAGUGAUAUGAGGGUUGAGAAAUGGGGAAAGAUUGCUUCACCUUUUAUCUCUUGCCAUUCUUUCACUCAAAAUUACUCAUGCCAAAAAACUGACUUUUAGCCACGGAAUAAAUUUUUUUUAGCAGAUGCAGGAUUUGAGUGAGAAAACAGCUGGAAGAAAAAGGAUCAAGCACAUAAACAUACACCAUGUGGUGUUUCUCUAUUUAAUACUAACAGCAUGGGAGGCAGAUUUCAGAUUAAACAAAGAAAUUAUUAGAGAUUCACACAACUACAUGCCAUGUAUAGUUUGUGCUUUAAAGUCCUUCCUUGUGGGUGCACAGGCUUCUGUUGGAUCAGGUCUGUGCAAUACCUUUUUCAAUCACUUGCUACUUUCCAGAAAUUCUGGAACAUAUAUCCAGGCUCAAAGCCAUUUUGCUGUGCAUUAGAAGCUGUUUUGACAGCAGCUGACUGUAGCUUUUAAUUGAGCUUCUGCAUAUACAGUAUAGCAGACAUUAAGUUGGCCAUAUAUGCACUGUGGGAAGAAUGCCCCUAGAAUCAAGACUCUUGGAGGCAUUGCUUUUUUGCUGCAUGCCAAACUGUCUCCGUUUUAGGAAAGGGGAAAAAAAUGAACAACCUGGAGACAUAGCCACCAGCUUGCAGUCCCAUCAGCAGUUGGUGUUAUAGCAACCUUACUCAGCAACCUUUACCCAGGGAGUGAAAAUGCUGAAAAUAGCAGUUCCCUUGGCUGACAGCAUACCUGUUAUAUUGGAGUUGGGAAGCCAAAGAGUUUUCACCCUGAGGGUGGAUAGGCAGAUGGUGCGAUGGUAUGCAGCAUACUAGGAGGGACCUGAGAUACAUUCCAGAAGCUGGCAUAAGAACUGAAUUAACUAGGGCAACUUUACAAGACAGAGCUAUGCAUCCCAGAUUUGUAGCCUCAGCACAUGCCUCAAAGGAAUGGAAAAGGCUGCUUCUCAGAAGUGCCGCUGGUAAAGAAUUAUUUUUCAGUAGAUUAGGUCACUGCAACAUCUUAAUCUGGAAGGUUCUCACUACUGCAGUGCAAAACGUCUAAGAGUUAGUUUUGUGGGCUGUAAGUCUUGGAAUCCUCCUUUUUAUAGCCCAAGGACAUACUUUUUGAAGCUCUGAUGCCAUAUUUUGAUAUUCCUGGAUUGCUGUCAAAAUAUUUUUCAAAGGCAAGCGCAUGGCACUGUGUACCCCCAAAUGUGCAGAGCAACAUCUGACUAGGUCUGAACUCAAGUUAUUCACACUUGGCUUGAUCUGACUCAAGCAGAUGGGUGAAAGUGUUGCCUAGAUCAGUGGUCCCCAACCUUGGGCCUCCAGAUGUUCUUGGACUACAACCCCCAGAAGCCUUCACCACCACCU